CGCGGGCAUGACAACCAUCGAGAGGGCGGCCACAGACAAGGAGAGCUGCAAGUGCGCCGAGGGGACCUACCUGAUGGAGGGCGGCGGCCUGGACGGCCCGUGCGCCGUGUGUCCGGAAGGCAUGCAGUGCGCAUUCGGGAGCACCUUCUCGAACUUCUUCGCCGUCGACGGUAGAGUGAAAGCGGCUUCAGAUGACGAUCAUCCGUUCCCGGUGGUCGAGGAGGGUUACAUGACCCGGCUCGACGAUUUGCUGAGGGUGUUCAAGUGUCCGGUCAAGAACCAUUGCCCAGGUGGCGCGCCCGCUACCUGCGCCAGGGGGCGUGAUAGCGGCGAGGUCGCUUGCGCAAGGUGCGAGGACUAUACGUACGAGGAUGGUGACGAGUGCCACGCUUGUGAAACGAACGCCACGUGGCUUGUUGUCUUGGCAUGCGUCAUUGCCGUCGUGGCAGUUUGUGUUGGAACCAUAUCCGUGAACCGGAACUUGCUGAUGCAAACGAGCUCGACGCUGAUGUGUGUCAUCAUGGCUAGCCAGAUGUUCCUCGGCCUCCAGACGUUUUCGGUCUACACUUUUUUCAGCCUGGAGUGGUUCGAACCGUUGCGGGGCAUGCUCAACAUCAUGUCCUUGAUUAGCUUUGAUCUCAAGGCUUUGCGCAUAUCCUGUUCAAUGGGUUCCAACCCUACGUCGAAUUAUGCACUUCGGCAAUUUGUUGCCCCGCUCGCGAUCCCGUGGAUAUUCGCCACCUUGUUGGUCAAAAAACAUUUCGAUCCCCAGACGAGGCAUGUCAGGGAGGCUGUCAACACCAUCGGCACAGUCUUUCAGGUAUUCUUCAUCUCGAUCGUGCUCUCAGCAACGGCCCCCCUGGUGUUUUACGACCACCCGAACGACGCUGGCAGUUCGCUCGUGAGCGAUCCGGCCGUCCUCUACUUCGAGAGUAGCGAUCAUUACGCGAUGCUAGCGGUUGGCAUCCUCGCCAUGGCCAUGGUACCCUUGCCUUUCCUGUCGUUCGUGCUCUAUGGCACUCUGAUGUACCCGAAGUAUGCAGUCUCGGUGGGCGCCGAUACUCAUUUUUUCGGGUUCGCCUCUUUCCGUUUCCUCUUCUUUCGUUUCAAGCCUUCUCGCUAUUAUUACGGUUUGAUCAUGCUUGUACGGAACCUGCUCCUCUGCCUGGUGCCCGUCAUUAUCGAGUCGGACGUCGCCGCUCAGGUCAUCUUCACUUCCAUCCUCAUCCUUGCCACCAUGGUGGUGCAGGUGGAGCUCGCCCCCUGGAAGGUGGCGGCUGCCAACUACGCCGACGCGGCCUGCAGCUCCACGCUGCUGAUGAUCCUCAUCUGCGGAGCGACGGCAGCGAACGUGAGCGUCGAGAACUCCUCGAUCCCAGCUUUUGCAUCCGUGCUCGUCGGCUUCUUCUUUGCUGUCGGCGUUGUCGCCAUCAUGGCCUCGGCGUACUACUACUUCAAGCCCUUCCCCAUGUAUCCCUUCUUCAUUUGUCAUCACAGGGUGGGCGCCCAGGCGCAGGCGCGGCUGCUGAAGAUGUUGCUGACGUCCAAGACAGGCAGGCCGGUCCUCACCGACACGGAUGACCUCACGGAAUUGGAUUCGUUGUUCGACACAGUCAAAACGCAAGUUCACCACUUGGUGGUCUACUUGACGAGGGACACUCUGAGCAGGCCGUGGUGCGCUGGCGAGAUCGUCACUGCACUCAUGUGGCGCAAGCAGAUCACUGCGGUCGUUACGGACAGUUUCGUACCGCCGAAUGAA